ACGUUAUAAAUGAUAACGAUGUUGAGUGAUUACCACACAAUCUUAGUUAGCUUGUGCGACUAUACAUAUAAUUGUUGUUUUAAAAAAUGAUCCCAAUACCAGCAAGUGCAAUAAUAGUGAUAUUGUACGCUCUAGUUUCAACUACUUAUGGCCAACAGGGCGACCCAAAAAAUCCUGUGUGUGACAUUUCCAUAAGAGACAGCGACAAUCUAACGCUCAAUUGUUCAAGAAAAAAUAUCAAUACUAUUCCCACAGGAUGGCCAGAAGAAAUGAAUGGCGUAGAACAAGCAGGCGACGUGCUGAUAACAUUCUUCUACAAUAACAUCGUGAACGUAACACAGAUUCCGGAGGUACCAGGCAACAAGAUAGCAAUAAUAUUGAAAUCUAACAAAAUCAUCGAAAUACAGGAUGACGCUUUUAGAAAUAUACACCGAAUGGUAUACUUGGACUUAAGCAACAACUCCAUAUCCGGUGAAGUGUUGAGAAGUGAAAUUUUCCAAGGGCCAUACAACGACGGUAAAUACAGUAAAAUAGCCUUGGAGACAUUGAAUCUUGGACACAAUGAGAUACAUUCAUUGGACAGAUAUUUGUUCCAGUAUACUCCAAAUUUGACGAGAUUAUAUCUAAAUAAUAACCCAAUUGAGAUAUUGGACCACGUCACCAUCCUUGCUUUGUCCAGCGCCGUCAAGUUAGAGGUUCUAGACUUGUCAAAAACGGACAUCGACAGUAUACCCCUAGACGCAUUUAGAGGUCUAGAAAACCUGCAAAAUAUUGACUUGUCUAAUAACAAGUUCGUAACUGUUCCGGAGAGUCUAAGGCUGGUAGGGAGUACGCUUAAAUAUCUUACAUUUAACAAUAAUCCAAUUGUGGAACUCAAUGAUGACAGUUUUAUAGAUUUAACAAAUUUAAUAGAACUGGAAGUCACAGAAAACGAAUACCUCGAAGAAAUAAAACGCAGUACAUUCACACCACUUAAGAGCUUGAGAGUACUCAGAGUUAGUCACAACAGUAUUCUGCGUUAUAUUAGCCAUAAUGCUUUCCGUGGCAUUAAAGAUAAGUGGACCUUAAAGGAGAUUUAUAUGGACAACAAUGGCCUGAGUGAGGUGUCUAUAGACUUAUUGCCCUGGAAUAAAUUGGAUGUAUUGGGUAUGACAGGCAAUAGAUGGCUUUGCAACUGUGAACUCUACAACAUUGUCACAUCACAAGGUGCUGGUACAAAAUUCAAGCCAGGAGACAUCCCUUUUUGUGCCGCACCAAUGAUUUUAAGUGGAGAGUAUAUAACCAACAUAACACUAUCAUUUUGUCCAUCUGAUAAUAAAUUAGAAACACAAAGUGGUUUCAGUUUGUCAGAUAUAAAACCAAAACAAAUUCUAUGGUGCAUAUUUGGUGUAACCAUGGUAGCAAUGCUUGGUAUGCUGCUUGGUUUGUUCGUCAAUUAUAUUAAAACAUUAUAUAAAAGGCAUAGAAACCAACCAGUGCCUUAUAACCCACUUUCAUCUGCUUGAGUUUUUCAUAAAAAAGCUAUGAUGUAGUAUAAUACGGUUUAGGAACAAUAAAUAUACAUACUUAUUAUAAAUAAAAGUGGAUAUAUUGGUUUUUUUAUAUAAAUAGAUCAUAUAAUUUUGUAAUGUAAUGAAUAACAAAUCAUAUAUAAUACAUCAAUUAGUAAUAGAUAACAAGGUUCAUUUUAUUGUAACACUCACCUCUUCAGGACCUGUCAAGGAAUUAGCAUACUGCAAGAACUGCUCCAAUAGUCUUUCGGACUUAUGAGAUAAUUCUCUGAAGGUAUGGAAUUCGUCAAGUUUAUGUGCACAGCUCCCACACACUACCUGAGGUAGCAAGUCUCCUGGGUACACCUAAAAAUUAUUAAAAUAAUUUUACAUAUCCUUCUUACACAUUUCUCAUUGUUUUUAUUAUUUGCAAACAAUGUUGGUGGUGGGGAGUCAUUGAUAUGUAAUCUGAUAAGCAAAAUACAAAAACUCUUACAAGUUUUAGAACAGAUUAUGUGUACAAGACAAGGGAGAGUGUGUUCCCUUGUAGAUAAAUUUCCUUAAAUAUAAUUCUAAAUUUAGAAAAUAUCGAAUUCUCAAAAUAGCUCUGUAUAUUAAUAAGAGAAUGCAGGGAACUUUAGUAUCAGAACAGUGUAGAUGCAGGUCGGAACAGAGAGGAGAAUAGGCAACGGCGAGGGCGCGAGGACCGCAGGAGGCGGGGCGAGGUGAUCUCCGUGCGCUCCUUUGUUAUCAGCGACGCGGCCGCUGCUGAUACAGCGCGUUCACAACACGCCCGUCUAUCACUUCCCCGAACGACAUUAGUCAUACGCCCGAGCACACGACGCGUGGGUCGUAAUAUGAUAUCACAAUGCGAAAAUACCCAACACCCGCGAGAAAGUUAAUGGCGCUUAUCAGCAUCCACAAUCUCAUACAGUUACGCUAAACUUUCACACGAGAAAACAGCAUAUUACAGAUUCUUAAAACUAAAAAUAGUCACAUAUCAUUACCAUUAUUGAUAAAUACGUCCUUAUCAUAUCGGACAGAUGUGAUUUAUCCUUAUCACGGUCGAAUAUUGGAAGUUUAACAUCACUGCAAUUAUCG